AUGUGUGCAUAUGGUGUACUAGUCAAAAGAGAAACAAAGGGGGAGGAGACAAGCUUAUGCGCUGGGUUGUCGGCAGUUGAUCUCCGUUCCCCAAGUGCAAUUAAUUGGAUAGGCUCUCAUCACACCAAUCCUCCUUCUUUUCCGGCCUUCAAGAGGUUAUAUACGAAAGAAAUGGCACACGCCCCUCGCAACAGCUUCCUUGUUCCCGGCGUCGCCCGUUACAGCCGUUCGAACAUGUACGCCAAGAAGGCUCUUCACAAGCGUUCUAAGAAGGGUGUUCAGGCUCCUGCUAAGGCUACCGCUACCGAUAAGACUGUUGAAGUCAAGGGUGCCAAGAAUGGUGGCAAGCGUGUGAUUCCUGCUCAAAAGGCUCCUCGUUUCUACCCUGCUGAAGAUGUUCCUCAACCCAAGGCUUCCCGCAAGUCCCCCAAGGUUGCUCCUCUUCGCAAGUCCAUCACUCCUGGUACCGUUCUUAUCUUGCUUGCUGGUCGCUACCGUGGCAAGCGUGUUGUUUUCUUGAAGCAACUUGAGAGUGGUCUUUUGCUUGUCACCGGUCCCUUCAAGGUUAACGGUGUUCCUCUUCGUCGUGUCAACCAAGCCUAUGUCAUUGCUACUUCCACCAAGGUCGAUGUCAGCAAGGUUAAGGUUGAUCAAUUCAACGAUGCCUACUUUAAGAAGGAUGCUAAGGCUGCCAAGAAGGAAUUCCUCGAGGGUGAGACUCCCAAGAAGGUCACUCUUCCUGACAACAAGGUCGCUGAUCAAAAGGCUGUUGACAAGGAAAUCCUUGCUGCUGCCAAGGAACCCCUUCUUAUUGCCUACCUCAAGUCCAGCUUCACUUUGAAGAAGGGCCAAUUCCCCCACAACAUGAAGUUCUAA